CUGCGCGCGCGGAUUACGGUUAAUUUUCAGUUGGUUUACAAACUUUACAAACGGCGUACGCUUAUCGCGAUCGCUUUUAAUCAACAAACCGAAUUAGUUGCCAAAAUAACGGGAAUGACACAGGAAAUGUGCUGCCGGUGCUCAAAUGCUAGCUUAAUUGAGUGAAAAAGUGCAAGUGAUCGAACUGCAACGGUUACAAAAAAAACGGUUGUUUUUCUCUUUAUUUUUGUUUUAUAAACUAAGAAAUCGUUCUAUAAAUUGCAUUUAUUUGAAUAUCUGUAAGCCCGCGUUUAUCUCAAAUGUACUUGUGCGCGCCACCUGUUUUUUAAUUAAUAUUUUACUACAAUCGGCGUGAUAAAAAGUGUAUGAAAUUCGUUAUUUUUUUUAUUUUUUUGGUUUUUGUUGAGAGUGCAAGAUCGUGCAGCUUGUGCGUGUGUGUGCGUUCAGUGUGCUUGUGAGGAAGUUAUAGUUUAAUGUUGGUUAGCUUCAAUUGUCGAGCAACAGAGAAAAAAAGAAAUAAAUAAAUAAAACAGCAGCAGCAACAACAACGAUGUGAUGCUGAUUGAUGUCACACACACCACGAAGGAAAAAAAAAUAAAAAAUAAAUAAAUUAUCACCUUGAAGGGGUUUAUCAAUUUUGCCAGCACAUAAAGAUGUUAUCUUGGAAAACCGUUUAGAGAUUUGCCAGCGCUCACAAACGGAAACGGAAGUGACGCCCGAAAGGAAAAGGGGGAAGAGGAAGUGGUAGCGCAGGACAAACGGCUGAAUAAUGCAAAUUAAAACACAAUAAAAUGUAAAACACAAAUGACAACGGAGAACACGAGCUGCAAAAGGCUAAAGGAGCUAAAAACAAAAACAAAAAAAAAAAAAUAGCAAAAGGCGAAUCGGUUGACAUGCCAAAAAAAAAUGCGAGUGGCGGCAACUUUUCCACUGAAUUGAUUUGAUUUUCAGUCAGGAGUACAGCCGGAAUACGGAGCGUAUGCGCGAUACGUAUACGCGAUAUUUAGGGCGCCGGGGGAGCGGCGGAAAUUUGCAUAACUUUGCUGGCGUGGCAUAAACAUCAAAAAACAAAUUGCAAGUAACAAAGGGAAGCAAUGGUCAUAAAAACGGCGCCAGCCUCGUAAAAAAUACGUUACAAAAAAAAAAAAAAGAAUAAGUUCUCGCAAAACCCCCGCUCUUUAAGUGAAAAUUAAUUUAUGCAGCAAAUCAAAUACGGAUAGGGAAGAAAUAUAAAAGUAAUCGCUGGCCGUAACAAUUAAGACAGCCGUGGGCAGUGAGGAAAAGUCGGGAAAAGCUGGGUGAACGCUGGAAAAAUCAAGUGCAGCAGCAGCCGAAAAAGGAAACACAGAGUCGAAGAAACCGGUUAGCAAGGGUUGCUUAUAAAUGUACCAAGACAGCGGCUGCAGCAGCAGUAGCAGUCGACGCGGCAGCAGCAGUGCAGCAGCAGCAACAUCUACAGCAGCAACUGCAGCAGAAACUGCAGCAGCAGCAGCAGCAACAACAACCAGCAGCAGCGACGAGGAAACACUCGAGACUCUGACGAUUAUAACGACCACCAUCACCGAUAGCGAUAUCCAUGCGACCACAACAACUACGACGGUUAUAGCCAGCGGUACGGCGACAACAGCGGCAGCGGCAGCGACAACAGCAACACUUGCCACACUUGCAACACUCGCCAGCAACAGCGACAUCGAGGACAGCAGUCCGGUGGAGAGCGAGGAUAGCGAGGAGUGCGAGUAUAUCGAGAUCGAUUGCCAGACGACCGCCCAGGAAGGCACUUCGCCAAGUGGCGGCAGCAGCAGCAGCGGCAAUGCGGUCUUGCUGCAACGCAGCAGCAAUAACCUCCAGCAGCAGCAGCAGCAACAACAGCAGCAGCAACAACAUUUGCAACUGCAGCUGCAGCAGGCGGACGAGCGAUUGUUGCGCAAAAUCGGCUAUAUUGCAUCGCGUGUGCGCUGCCUGUCCAAGUACUACGGUGACUUCCGCCUGGUGAAUCCGUACAGUGCCCGCCGGCAGAGGCGCCAAUUGCAGGAGAUCCUGCUGCGGCACUCGAUCUUCGAUCCUGGCAAGGAGCACCAGCGGGCGAUUGUCUUGGCCGCGGCAACAGCGGCAAUUGCCGGUCCUCUGGCGGCCAUCGAUUGCGUCUGCGGCAGCAGUAGCAUCAGUUUAGAGGCAGUCAGCAGCAGAAGUCGCAGCAGUGAGCUGGAGGACGAUCAUCACGAGCAGGAUCAGGUGCAGGAGGAGCAGGAGCAGGAGCAGCAUCAGGGGGAUACCGAGGAUAACGAAGAGGAGCAAGAGCAUCCGAGUGAAAAGCCAGAGAGAACAGACAUUGAGGAGGAGCCACCGCCGGCGAUUGCAGUGACCACCACCACAACGGCCACCGUGCGCCGGAAGUCCUCGAGCAGUUCCACAAUCAGUGGCACGGCCACCGUUUCCGGUUCCGUUUCGGUAUCGGCCUCCGCCUCUCAAUCCUUUUGCUCCAACAACAUCAAUCUGCUCGAGGAGCUGCUCAUUCAGUUCUACGAGGAGCAGGAUCAUCGCAGCAACCUAACGGUGAUCCGACAUCAUCAUCAUCAGCAGCACCAGCAGCACCAGCAGCAGCAAAGAAUCACCAACAAUAAUAACAACAAUAACAAUUGCAACAGCAUACAGAACAACAACAACAUGUCGAAUCCUGCGGCUACAGCGGCAGCAACAGCAACGCCAUCAGUGGAACAACCGGCAACAUCGGGCACCACCAACAUCCACUUGCAACCCACCUCCCUGCCCGAUGGCAGCGAUAAUCCGCGCCGCCGCCGGGCCAGCGAUUGCUCAGCGGUGCAGGCCGCUCUCCAGAAUCAGCUGCACUGCAUCACGCUGAAGAACAACAAUUGCGGCAAGGCGAUGCCCUUCCAUCGCGGCAGUUGCGGCGCCGCCGGUGAGCAUCUGUUGGCCGCCAAUUCGAUAGCUAAUCGUGCCACCAUUAUUUUGAGUAAAUCAUGCAGCAAUGUGGAUGGUGAUGCCACUGCCACAGCGGCAACGGCACUAAGUUCAACGGUUGGCGGCGGCAUCGGUGGCAUUGGUGGCAGUAUAAAAAUGCGUGCCAGUGCCACAGAUAUCGAGACGAAUGCAUUGAACGGUGCCCGGGAUGCCAUUGUUGCAUCGAAUAACGGUAAUAACGGCAAUAACGGAAAUAACGGGAACAACGAGUACAGCAUCCUGCAGCUGAACAACACGAUCAUCCAGUGCCACUUCAACGACGAUGACUUUCGCGCCCUGGUCAAGGACCUCAAGCGCAAGGUCGAGUACACGGAGCGCAUGAACUGGCUAUGUCUCUCCAAACGACCGCUGGGCCCGCCGCAUCGUAAAAGCAGUCUACCAAAGCAUCAGGAGGUGAAGCGUCGCUUCCUGGAAAUUUGUGAUACGACCUUCUCGGAGGAGGUGAGGGCCGCCCUACGCCUGCCGGCCUUCGAUUCCUACGAGUGGAGCGAUGCCGAUGUCAUCCAUCUCAUGCAGACCAUGUUCGUCGAGCUGGGAUUCAUUGAGAAGUUCAGCAUUCCGGUGGACACGCUGCGCGAGUGGCUCUAUGAGGUCUACAAGCACUACAACGAGGUGCCCUUCCACAACUUUCGGCACUGCUUCUGCGUUGCCCAGAUGAUGUAUGCCAUAACGCGCCAGGCGAACUUGCUGAGUCGCCUGGGCGACCUAGAGUGUCUGAUCCUGUUGGUGUCCUGCAUUUGCCACGACCUCGACCAUCCUGGCUACAAUAAUAUCUACCAGAUCAAUGCCCGCACCGAGCUGGCACUCAGAUAUAAUGACAUCUCACCGCUGGAGAAUCACCAUUGUUCGAUAGCGUUCCGCCUGCUGGAACAUCCCGAAUGCAAUAUAUUCAAGAACUUUAGCCGCGACACCUUCAAUAACAUUCGCGAGGGCAUCAUCCGGUGCAUUUUGGCCACGGACAUGGCCCGUCACAAUGAAAUCCUCACGCAGUUUAUGGAGAUAACGCCCAUCUUCGACUAUAGCAAUCGUGCCCACAUCAAUUUGCUCUGCAUGAUCCUGAUCAAAGUGGCGGACAUUUCGAACGAGGCGCGACCCAUGGACGUGGCCGAGCCCUGGCUGGACCGCCUGCUCCAGGAGUUCUUUGCCCAGAGCGCAGCCGAGAAGUCCGAGGGAUUGCCGGUGACGCCGUUCAUGGAUCCGGACAAGGUCAGCAAGCCGGGCUCGCAGGUGCGCUUCAUCGGACUCGUUCUCCUGCCACUAUUCGAGGCUCUAGGCGAACUGGUGCCGGAGCUAACCGAGCUCAUCAUCAUACCCGUGCGCAUCGCCCUAGAGUACUACAGGCGCCUCAACGAUGCCCAGACAAAAACGCGCAAAUCGGUGGCGGACAGCAAUACGUCCGCAACCUCCGAUAGCAACAGCGGCACCAUCGAUUCCAAUGCGGCGAUGGUCAGCACACCGGGAGGCGCCAGCGAUAAGCUCAGCUUGGACAAGGGACAGGGCAAUUCGCAGGGCUCCGGCGGCGGAGGAGGCGGAGGAGGAGGAGGAGGUGCCGGUGGUGGGACAGGAUCUGGAUGCGGCAGCAAUGCCGCUGGUAGCGUAUCGCCACAAAUGCCACGCUCCGGAUCCGGGAUCAGUGUUAAGUCGCGACGCAGCAUUCCAUCGCAAAAGUCCGCCUCGAGGACGUCCGUGGAUGAGCCCGGAGGAAUGGCGUCGGAGCUCCACGAUUUGCCGGAGGGCAGCGAGAGCGGUGAUUCGGAAACGGCCACCGAAGUUGAUGUGGCCGAGAAGACGUCCAAGUUCAAGGUGGACACCGAGGGCAGCAGCAACCGGAGCAAGUCCUCGCACUCGACCUCCCGGAAGUCCUCUCGCGAGAAGCGUCCCUCGAUGAUCGGUGAACUGUGCAGCAGUGGCGGUGGCCAGCGAAUCCGGAACUCGUACGGCAACAUCCACGGCUAUCACAGCAAUCGCUGUCAUUUUGGCAACAAUCGGGCGGUUAGCCUGGAUCAGUAUAGUAGUGCCGGUAACAAUCGCCGCCUCUCGGACGGACUGCCGCAGGUGAUCUCGGACAGCAAUGUUUUCUACGGCCGGCACAAUCGGAGCAGCACGGAGACCACUGUUGCUGUUGGCAAUCCGCAGGAUACCAAUGCGAAUACCAAUCAUCCGGUCGGAUGUCAGCUGAAAGAGCUAUUGGCCCGCACCGAAGCGGACUCGGAUGGUGAGGGCGAUGGCAAUGGCAGAGAGGACAAAAAGAUUCCAUUGGUCAUACCGUCGAUGCCGCAGCUGGCCACAUCAUCGAACGGUAACAUAUCGCCGACACUGGUGGUCACCGAGCAAAUCCUGCCCAGCAACGGCAGUACACGGAGCAGCGCCAGCAGUGGCCGUGGCGGCUCCGGCGUACCUGGAGGAUCGGGUGGCUCUGGGAUGCCUGGACCAUCGGCCGGUUCUGGUAGUUCAUGGAAAUCGAGACUGCGCCAGUUCUCCGAUUACUUUAGCUUCAGCUUUGAUAAGAGCAACAAGCGCUUUGGCAGCACACGUAGUAGUCCGUGUCCCGGUUCCAAUUCCAGUUCGGGACGGACCAAUAACAAUGCCAAUGGAUUGGGUGAAAAUCAGGACGGAUUGGGAGCAGGAGGCGGUAUAAAGCCGGGCAUGUGCUGCACCACCAUCACCAAUAGCUCAGGAUCCACGGUAAAAGGCGAGACGAGAGGAGGUACCGCCGGUGCAGGCGGCGGUGCUCUGACCACCAUGACCACCGGAAAUGAUGCCCAUCAACGCCAUCGCGCCUAUAGCCUGGAUGUGCCCGGCAUGAUGAGAUACUCCUCCAACGACAGCAGUCGCCAUCCCAGCAACAAUACGCUUCAGAGUGCGGGUGGCGGUGCUGGUUUGACCACCGGAUUAGAGGUCACUGCCCAACGAGUGCCGCCCAGUUUGAGCGUUGAAAUGGGCCUGGCCAGCGGCUCAUCAUCAGAGGCGGGCCCAAAGAUUUGACAACAGGGGAGCACCAGGCAGGAUGCGGUAGCCAUUAGCAAGGGCUACGACGGGGCCGUUGAGCAACAGGAGGAGGAGGAGGAGGAGGAGGAUGAGCAGGAGGACGAUGACGAGGAUGAGGGACGCGAGGAGCACCGCCAGCUGCAGCGGCAUCAGCAGCAGCCGGACGCUUCGUCCAGCUGCGAGGUGUCCUCCAUGUCGAUGACCGUGUGGUCGGCGAUUGGUCAGCGUUUGAACGCCCUCGUCUGCCAUUGCUGCGAACGCAAAUUACCGGAACCAGAAAAUGUCUAAGUGGGUGGAAAGUAGGGCCAGGUUUAACCCAGAACCCAUCGCCACCCAUUUAAGAUGCAAUCAAAUGCCCCCAUCCCCUGUCCUCAUUUUUAGCAGCUGGGGGAUUCCUUGGCUUUCACAGUCAUUGACUUUUGCCUGGUAGCUUAGGUUUACGUUUAACUCCUAGCAAAUUACAUUAGGUUUCCACUGAUUUUACUCUCUUGUUUUGUUUUUUUUUUUUUUUUUAAUUAUUAUUUUAUAUUUUUAUCUUGUUACCUUUUAAGUAUUUUUAUUUAUGUACAUGCGCAUACACACACACACAAAUAUAUAUAUAUAUAUACAUCUAUUAUUAUUGAACGAAGUUGCUGUUGUGGGUAGAAAAACUACGAGCUGCAAGUACCUACCUGAAAUGCCUCGAUCAGCAAAGCGAGGUAAAUGCAUUAACGACAUUGCCAACGAUAAUAGUUCACUACCAAGUUAGCAUGGCAAUGGAAGAGAACUAACUUUGUUAGCUCCUUUGAUUCAGAUGAAUACUGUUUUUUUUCUUUUUUGCUGGGAAUUUCUCGUUAAUAGCUGCAUGGCAGCAUCAAUUUUCCGUGCCAGUGAAUUCUCAGAAGGAGAGGAUUCGGAUUCCAGGAUUUCAGACACCAAAAAAAAAAAAAAGUUUGAGGCCUUCAGUUUUGCUUCCAUGCGAAAUUCACGUCUAAUUACGCAAAACAAAUUUCGCCCAUUGAAAUGCAUGGUACAUAGGGUAUAUGGCUACAUCGAUGUAUGCAACAGGCAUGGUCGCUGGAUUUAUCCGAUGUAUGUAGAUUCAGUCCCAGUCGACUAAUUCCAUUUGCUUGUAGCUCGUUGCCUGUUUCUCCCGCUUUUUGCCCAAUUUUUUGUGUUCGUUUGGUUCGAUUUUUGCACGUGGGAUGAAAGUCGCUGCAUUGGGAUGCCCGCAGGAGCAAUGUCCAUGGCCAAACGAUUGGAUUGGGCAGCCGCAGCUGUUGAUGUUGCUGCUGCUGCUGCUGUUGCUGUUGCUGUUGCAGUUGGCUCUGCUGCUGCUGCUGCUGCUGCGGGGGCAUUGGUGUUGCUGAUGACGCUGAUGGCAGCACUCAAUUAGAAGGCACUGUGGGAGAUGUCGUUCUUUCGAUUAUGCACGAUUUUCCGGCUGCAACUCUCAGCUGCUAAAUACGUUUCUAAAAAUGAGAGUCCUUUGGGAGUUGGUGGGCCAGCAGAAAAAAAGAAAACAAAUAUCAAUUUGCAUUCGAUAAUGGAAACACGAUUGAGGCCAACUGCAUUCACAUAUCGCAGAAAAAUGCAGAAAAUAUGAAAAACCCAAGUUAAUUAUAAUCAAUGUAAAUUUCUGUAUGUAAUUAUGUUACAUAUACACACUCACACACACACACAGACGAAUGCAGAGCAAUGCAAAAAUGAUAGCAUACUUUGUAGGGCGAGCUGUGAUUGGCGAAGACGAAACUUGAAUUCAAUUACGAUAUGGCAACGCAGAGAUAAAUAGAAAAAGGGCAGAUUUAAUUAAAUAUGCACUAUGCAAAGGCGAGACCAAGCUGGUCCUUGGAUACAGAUAAAGCUAUAUACAUAUUUACUGAAACAAUUAAAAAGAGUUGUAUUUUUUUUUUUUUGAAUGUGUGUAAUUAAGUGAGCACUUAUUGAGCGUUCAAUUCGAUGAAAGUGUUAUGAGGAAUAUUUAUUCGGUGUACAUUUGGAUGUCUAGUGAAUCGCAGCUAAUACUCUUUACUAAUUGUGCAUUGUAAUUGCAAGCUGCAGCAUAUAUGUAUGUACCUAGAUGUGUACGUGUCAUUUUCUCUCUAAGUUUUGUGUACGUUUGUUGUAGUGCGUAAGUAAUGGAGUACUAAAUAUAUAUGUAUAUAACAUACACUUAUAUAUAUAUAUAUAUAUAUAUAUAUAUAUAUAUACAUAUAUAUAUAUAAACCAGAACGCAUCAGUGUAUGCCCGGCUAAGUAAUUAUCUGCGUGUGGAUCUCCGCUCGUUGUGUGUUUUCUGUAGUUAGACUCGAAACUAGCAGCCUAAUUAUAAGUUUAUCGAAUGUAUUCGUGUAUGUACCUUCCAGUCCCCGCACUUCAAACAGUUUUCUGUUGGUGGCCCUGCAUAGACUGAGCAGGACAUUAUAUAUAUAUACUACACAUGGCGCCCGAGCAGGGACUGCAUGGCAUGCACCCAGCAUUAACUAGCUAAAUGGAAAAUGAAAACAAGUUAAAUCCCUUGACGGCUAACUCGACUCCUAGAUGUAAGACUCUACCUAAACAAACCACUCGAAAUUAGCUAACACUUCAAAUUGAUUUGUUGCCUUAUGAUACUACAACUACUACAACUACUACUGUACUGCAUUACAGCUGUGUGAGUGGAAAACUCUCCGCGCCGGAAAACUCCACUUGAAUUGGUCACAGCGUUUUAUAUUGUUCAUGCCACCAACUUCCCUUGUUUGAAUGACAAAAACAUAAAGACUAAAACUUGAAUUUAAACAAAAUCAACAACAAAAAAAUAUGAAAAAGAAAAACCAAACAAAAGAACUUUCCAACAAAACCAACUAUACAUAUAGAUACAAAUAUAUAUAUACAUACAUAAAUAUUUAUCUUAAAGAUACUACAACUACAAAAAUCGUAAAAAAGAACUCUAGGUGUUUUACAAAUGCAUAAAACAAAAAAAUAUAUAAAUGGCAACUAAACCAAAAACAAAAACCAAAUGUAAGCCAUUUCAAGCAUAACUAAACUAGUUUAGAGCCCAAGCAAAAAAGAUCGCAAAGCAAGCCCAGAUGUUGGCCAAAACCUAAUAUGGAUGAACAAAUUUGACAGGCCGAAAAUAUUAAUGUCCUUGCAAUGGGGAUCGUCAGGGAUCGUAUCAAUGAUUGAAUCUUUUAAGUCAAUUCAAAGUAUUUAAACAAUGAGAAUCACAAAAAAAAAAAUGGCUGACAGUUUUAAAUGAUUGACUUACUUGCUAAAUUGCAUCAAAAAAUAUUUCAAUAAGUAAAGACAAUAGGUGAAUAAAACAAAUAUAUAAUAGAUGUUUACUACUUUGGAUCAUGUUUUCGCUAAGUCUUUUUUUUUAAGUCCGACUACAAUUUUGAAAUCAUCUCAAUUAAUAAAUUAAGAAUUAGAUUUUAUUAAAUUGUUUUCUAUGUUGUCAAAAUAAUACAAAAAGUACACAACAAAUAAUGCGAGAAAAAAAAAAAAAAUUGAUUUGCCUGUGAGUGUAUGACAUUAGGAUAUCAAAAUUCUGUUAUCGAUACUUUUGCCAAAAAUUGAACGAUUGACAGCUACACUAGUUAUGUAUAUAAAACUCUGAUCGAAUCGCUAAUGAGCAUUGCAGGGGCAUUCCUAUCGUAUUUCGGCAAUCACGUAACUAUUUAGCGUACUUUUUGGCAGUCAAUUAAAUGCUUCCCCCUUCCCAGUUGGUUAAAUGAUAUAUGGGAGAGAUACAUCGGAUAAGAUCCGAUAGCGAUAGAUAGAACAAGUUCCAAAACAAAAAACAAAUGCUUGUUCUCGGACCUAAUCAAAUAUUUAGACAAGGAUAUGAGCAAUUUGGACCAACUUGACUAAACCCUUACACUUAACCCUUGAUUUCCCGUACGAAACCCCUGCAGCUACAUAUUUAUGUAUAAAUGUAUGUGCAAAACGAUUACGGUAGCGAUAUCGACUACGAUAACGAUUCAGUAUAUGUACAAAACAUAGCACACACACACAGACACACCGACACGGACAUAGAUACAAAUACAAAAUACAGAAGUCUUAGUAUGCAGUUCAACGUAUGUAACAAUCUCGUAGGUCUUAACCAUAACUACCUGUCGACUUAUCGAUCUUUAAUUGAGAUCAACAAUAUCAGCUUAAAAACAAAGAGCGGAUUAGAAGAGGACCUAUGCAGGAACAGUGGGAAUGGAACAAGAGAAAAGCGAGGAAACGGAAAAGGAACCGCAUGCAUCUUACUUUAUACUUUUCUACGUGACUUACAACUCGAGCCGGAGACGACAAACAACUAGAAAACUAAAAAUAAACUUCCUAAACGGUUUCCACAAAAACACAAGCCUAUCCACACGCCCUAAAAUCCACGCACACAAACGCAGCUUUGUCAAUGAGAAAAUUCCUUCUAAGUGAAGUAAAUCAAACCGUUUCAAAGUUGGUCCUACAAUCAGCUUAGUGUGACCUUUCGCAUCGACGAUGUGACCAAGUGUACAUCUGAUUCAAAUGCGAACAGCUUUCUGCCUUGAUUGUAAAAAAUUUCUUGAUUAUUUCGAAAUAAUUUGACCUUAGAACUCAUUGACACUGUCUGUCGGAUAUUCAAAUGUCCAGGCAAGGCAUCCAACCACCGAUAAUGGACCACGCCCAGCACCAGAUAGAUAACCCGUAAUUAACCCGAACCGAACUGCUUAACCCUUGAAAGCCUUGACCGCCAUCUAAACUUGGUAAAAAAAAAAAAAAAACGUUACUGCUACAAAACAAAAAUGCAACUUAUAUAUGUGUAAUUACUAGUGACCCUCCUGAACAACUGACAAAGCCUUUACUCCAAGAAAACACACACAAAAAAUACGAAGACUACAAUUUUAAUAUACAAAAAUAAGCGAAUCGAGAUCUUUAAUCGAAAUUUUAAGAAGAAAGUAAGAGAGAGAGAUCCUUGAACAGCAUUCUUCGGCAGGCCGAAGUUUAGAUGCUCUUUCAAUGCCCACACACACAUAUGAACUAAGAAAAGAUCUAUUAUAUAUACAUAUAAGCCUGGCCGCUUGCUCUUCAGUGUACUGGAACGGUUAUUUUUUUUUUUGGUCACCUCCCAUGUUGCAAGACUUUUUAAAAGUGAAAAGAACGAGAAAAAGGCAGAAGUACUGGAGAUACCCUUGCUAGAUAGCGAAAACCCGAAAAGAUCCUCAAAAACUAUCAUUUGCAGGGGCAUCAACAAGUUAUAUAGUAUAUUUUCAAAUUUUAUGUCAAUGAAUAGAAAUGGAUAUAUACAUACACAUAUAUAUACACACACAUACCAACUAGAAUCAUAAAUAUAUACAUACAAAUAGUUAUAAUUUGUAAGUAAAAAAAAACAGAGAUCAGAUCGCCAGCAAGCCACAUACCUUAAAUACAAAAUACUGAAGACACACAACCCAAAAGUAGUUGAAUUCUUUACGAUGAUCGAGUAAUAGGGAUCGGGAAAUAUUAUCUCAGCAGAAGAGCAAGAUUUGUGUGUAAAUUAAAUUAAAUUCAAGAAGUAAAAGAAAUUCGCCACCCACAGAUAAUAUCCCUCACCACUCAAUGGCAAUUUAAACAGUUCAUGCAAGAGAUAGACAUACAAACAUACAUACAUACAUAUAUAUGGAAACAAACCAAAGAGCAUGAGGAAAACAAAGUGCUGAGCAAAUUCGAUGUGAAGUAAUAGUUAUUAUAUAUAUAUAUAUAUAUAUAUAUAUAUAUAUAUACAUACACACCUAUAUACAAGCCUAAAAAGAUUUAGAUGUAAAAAGCUCUUGGCACCCCCUAAAUAAAUGAAUCAAAUAUCGCUGAGUCACCCACACAGAAAAGUCAACAUGGGUAUACAACUAAUAAAUCAGCUAAGAAGCGAGAAAUUCAAUGAAACUUUUCCGAAAAUGCAUUUAAAUGGUAAACAAAUAUUUAAAUGAGAUAACUCAACUUGUAUUUAACACUUAGUUAUGUCCAACUCAGAUUAAUGGCAUAUAAGACAACUACAAUACAUACAGAAAAAAAAUAAACACACAGAGACAGACAGACCGAGAUAGCAAAGGACUACUCAAGGACACACCAAUACCAAUAGAAGAACCUACGAGACAAACACGAACACACGGACACACUCACACACACACACACACACAAGUAUUUUUGUGUAAAAGUAUAAAACAGAAAAUAUGAACUAAUGAAUGAAUAUGAAAUAUAUUGAAAUAAAAUCAUUUCCAAACUACUUAUU